AUGCCUGGUUUUUCGGAUUCAUUCUGGACGCCCGACUAUGCCACCGGGCUGGGGGUGCUGUAUGGCAAACUGCAGCAGGGUGUGGUGGAAAAUAGGCAGAUCUUGACCAUCGCAUCGAUGCGCGCAGAUGCGGAGGAGCAGUAUGGUCUUCGCAUGGGCGAUAUUGCUCCGAGUGUCGAUCGGUUGACGGGAGCUGGGUUUGGCAAGGAUGACGGGGCCAGUGUUCGCAAGGCGUAUGAAGGCGUCCGCACUGAGAUGAUCGAGGCCUCGCGGAAUCAUCGGAAGAUUGCGAACAAUAUCCGCGAAUUGGUUGUUUCGCCUUUCCGGCGCUGGAGCGAUGGGCAUGAUAUGCGUGUCCAGCAGUCGCAAGAUAGCCUUCAGUAUCGCAUCAAGGAGCACACGAAACAAGCUGAGCUAGUCCAGAAGCUGCGUAGCCAAUAUUUCAACAAGUGUCGUGUGGUUGAGGACCUCGAGGAGGAGAAUAAACUCGCCUUCCAAGCGCCCGAGACGAGCCCCCCGGUCAAGACGCCGAAGCUUGUCCUGCCGACUGCUGAGGAGGAACCCGAGGAGGAACCCGUGGAAUUGGGCGAUCGGGUUUACCCUCCAGAGGAGGUCAAGCAGCUUCUGCUGCACAUGCUGGAUAAUAUCAAGCUCGGCGAUGCGAAGGUGCCCAUCAUUGGGACUUAUCAGAACACCUCAACCGGCGCGGAUAUUGUGGAGUAUAUCCAGGCGAACAUGAAUGCGCAAAAUCUUGCACAGGCGGAGAGAAUUGGCCAGGAUCUGGUGGAUAAUGGCUUUCUCCGCCUGGUCGGCAACAUGGGCAACGUCUUUGCCAAUAGCUCUAAGAUGAACUAUCAGUGGCGGUCCAAGGUCUUCCAGCUCACCGGCAUUCCGGAGAAGAAGAGGCCUCUGCUGCGUGUCACGUCCAUGGCAGCAAGCGAGGAUGGCAGCGAAUCGCCAAUCCAGUCCGUUUCGGAUAUUCUGAAUACCUGGAACCCGCUCAACAACCCAUACCCGAACGAAACGCCCGCCGAGAAGUUGCGGAGAGAGUCUAUGGAAGCCGAUGAGCGAUACAAAGCCGCUGUGCGGAGACUCGACCAGAUUCGGUGCCGCCUGGAAGAGGAGGUCGUCGAAAACCUCCGCUUCAUGGAGCAGUGCGAGCUGGACCGCCUCAAGGCAAUCAAGGCCGUGGUCCUUGACUUUUCUGGGGCGAUCAGCAAUGUCAUUCCUAAUCUCCAGAGUACCGUCGACAACAUGCUGCUGUACCAGGAGACGAUCCAGCCCCUGGCAGAUCUGCGAUAUCUACUGGAGAACUACCGAACAGGUGGCUUUGUCCCUCGUGUUCAGGCGUACGAGAACUACUAUGGCUCCGUUGAAGAUCAAAACUUCGGUGUCGACCUCGAAGCCAGAGCCCGCACUGAUCGCAAGCGUGUUCCAAUCCUGGUGACCACAUUACUUACCUACCUCGAUAACCGCUAUCCCGAACUCGAGGGUGAUGAAGCACGACGGGGCAUUUGGCUCCAUGAUGUCCCAUUGGGUCAAGCGCACCGCCUGCGGAGUAUUUUAAACAACAGCAAAGUGGACUACCGGGAGGAGCUGCCCAGAUACGAUAUACCCGUUGUUGCGAGCGUUUUGAAACUUUAUUUGCUUGAAUUGCCAGACUCUCUUGUCUCUUCACAAGUCUACGAAAUCGUGAAAACAAUCUAUUCCACCACCGCUCACGAGACCACGGAAGAAGGACGCAUCAAGGUCCUCCAGAGCACUCUGGGGCAGCUCCGUCUCGUCAAUAUCGCCACACUCGAUGCCAUCAUGACCCAUUUCACGCGGCUGGUCGACUUGACCUCGGCCGACGACAAGUAUAUCUCUACGCUGGCUCAAACACUGUCCCCCUGUAUCUUGCGACCUCGCACGGAGAACAGCUUGACCAUGGACGAGCGACACAGCUACCGGUUGAUCCGGGAUCUAUUCGCCCACAAGGAAGCCAUCUUCGGUGAACUGAAGCGCCAGUCCAGUGCUGCAAUGGGGACCUCCAUUUCUUCCCCGCGGCCUCGCGCGAUCAGCACGGAUGAGAGCAACCGCCGCGCAGCUAUGGAAGCCCGCCAGCGCGCUAUCGUCAACCGCAGCCGAGCCACCAGCCCCGCUGCUCGCCAACGACACCGCCGUGACCGCUCCAGCGGCGCAUCCGAGUCCACCCGCUUCCCCAUAAACGUCUCUAGCCCUCCGGGCAAACACAACGUGCGCGGCGGCAGUUUAGACGUGCCCAACAGCGCGACCCCCUCCGAACCAGAUGACAACAGCCCUCCAACCGUGAACGUCCAGGCCGCCGCCGAAGCAGCCGCCACCAACGGCACGUCUGUCGACUCCCCAGCUUCAACAACCGGAGGCCCCGCCAGCAUCGUGUCGGAGUCCUCUAGCCCACCUCCUCCACCAGACACCGCCUCCGACGGCUCUCCCACCCCAACCCCAACACCAGCACCUACCUCCGGCGAGUUCGACAGGCACGCCUCCAUCCCCCGCUCGGUCGGUGCCCGCUACACCCGCAAGCCCGGUCUCGGCAGCCUGUCUAGCUUCCCGACUGGCGCGGGCGUCAACUCCCCGGACACGGAUAGUAAGCGGAAUAGUCUUGCGGAGAGUACCAAGGGCGUGACUCUGGAAGACAAGCCUAUGGAUGAUUAA